AAGUAAUGAAAGGAUAUGGCGGCGCGUGUAUCGUAUUCUGAGAGGAAAACAGUCAACGAAAGAGCUAUUUUCCAUUAAAAUACGAAUGAUAGCCAUUCGCUGGAAGAGUGACUGGCUUAUGGGGUCGAAACACUGACAAAUCUGCUUAUAAAGGCGCCGUUUCGACUUAAAAUACGGCGAUCAGACUGCCAUGAGUUCCAAAGUUAAAGUCGCAGUUCGUGUCAGGCCAUUCAAUCGGCGAGGUAUGUUUGCCUUACUCUUGAUUGAAAACCUCACAAUCAUUUUGCCUUUAACAAGCUGAAGUGGAUUUCCGUCUGUUUUUUUUUUUUAAAACAGAAAUUGAAUUGGGUACCAAAUGCGUCGUCGAAAUGGAUGACACACAAACGAUUUUAUAUUCCACCGCCGGCUCACGAGACAGGUACGUAAACUAAGCUCAUAAGAACGUCUUUGCGACACGUUUUUAUUUGUUUUUGUAUAUUUUGGAACUGAUUACCAAUGGUUUCAUGUAUUUUUACUCCGAUCUGUCUGGUGCACUUUCUUAUUAUAACCAAAGUAAAACUGCGAAUGGUUGCUUUGAUUUUUAAGGUAUUUAUUUUUUUAACGAGGCGCCUUAGUUCAACGUAGUUGCUGAAGCCAGAACCGUUAUAUUAUAAUCGUAUUCAGCUGUCCACAUCUAUUGGACAUGACUCUCUUUUUCUUGUUGUUUGUUUCUCCCUUAUUUUUCCAGGAAACGACUAAACAUUUUUUGAUUAACGGAAGCGUGACAUUGUCGACCGCUCAUUUGCAAAUUUCUCGAUAUUUCCUUUUUUGCUGCAAAAAUUAAGCUUUAAUUUGAUAAAGUAAUAGAAUGACACUGAUUUGUCAGGUUUCAUGCUAACUUGUAUCUCUCGUUAUUUAAGAUACGAUUGAUUCAUAGGUGUCUAAAUUGUUCACUCACCUACAUAAUCGGUAUUGGAACCAAGAUAUAUUACUGUUAUCGUGUUUAUUAUCGCUAUAUAUCGUCGGAAAAAAUAGCACGUUUCCUGCUUUUUCCGUUUGUCUAAGUCGCUAAAGUUAUUAAGCGUGUUUUAUUUUCCACCUGAAGUAAGCUCAUUAGAAUUUGCGUUUAUGUUCACUAUAGAAAGACAAUCGUAUUGAUUUGUUUUACUACUUCAACUACACGGGCUUCUGAGCGUAAAAUUAUAUCGUUUGCAGCAGUGUUGUAUUGAAAUUCCUAUUAAUUUCAGGACAGCCAUUUAAUUAAAGUUUUAACGAUCUCACCAAAGGAUGUACUAAAAAUAUAGCGUCUUGAUAAACUGUGUCGUAUUGUUUUAGGACAGGAAGUUGUGUUUAGCUUAUUGAAGUGGAAAUUAUCUAUGCAUGCAGCCUUCGAGAAUGUUUCCUUGCGGCCACUUAUCACGAGUUGUAAACAAACGAUUCAAGGCACAUUGCCUUUAUUUUAAAAUAUAAACAUAUGUAAAUAUAAAAGGCUUAAAAAGUAAACAUUUCACCAUGCAAGAGUCUUAUCUUUCCAGUGAGAUAUUUACAUUUCAGAGUAGUUCACAAUUUAUUUAAAUAUGUUGAAAUUGCGUUGUAAUCACGUAGAGUUUAUUGCUGCAGGCAAUGUGGUAGUUGCGGCAAUUUUUUGCGUUCUUUGCUAAAUGAAUAAAAGAAAUCACCGAAAUUUGUUGAAUAUGUUCUUAUACGUGAUGCAAUGUAAUUUGCUAACGUUGUAUUUUUGUCUUUAUUUUCCUAUUUAUUCGUGGAUUAAACAGGAAGCACACAAAGGUACUAUAUGUGGAGGAUUUUUUAAGUUUGUUAAUUCCAUUCAUGCAGAUAAAAAUGUCCCUGUGCUAUAAAUGGGACAUAUUUUAAAUGCAUUCUUGUUUAUUAUUAAUGUUUCUGCAUGACUGCAAAGUGAUACUGUAUGAUGUUUCUUCAAACUAUGUGUAUAUACUGUAUUCAUAAACUAUUAUGUAACACUGUCUCCACACCAGCUGCAUGUAGGGGAUGUUCCUAUUGUCAUUAUAUUCCUAUUGUGUUGUUUUUCUUUUUUUCUUUCUUUCUUUUUUUUUCACGCUGGUAACAUGAACUACUACAUUAUAGUGUUAGUCAUUAUUUAAAAUAAUUCUCCACUUCUGAUUUUGCCUUAUCCUCGGGCUAUUUUCUUUAUAAGCAAGGGUUGACCAAAUUUGGAAGUUAUUUGCUGUAAAGUUAUGAUUGACACCAAUCAUGAAUUAUCACACUUAGGACCAGUUUACAUGGAGGUGGAGGACCUUAAGUAGGUGAGGUAACCCGUCUGUCCAUAUGCUGGUAAUCUCUCAUUUAAAUUUGAUCACGUUUACAUGAUAGGUGAGGUGACCAUAUGAGAGAUUAUAUGGACAGGCAGGCUAUCCCACCUUAACAGGUUACCUCACCUACCUCAGGUCCUUUACCUCCAUGUAAACAGACCCUAAAAAUGAGACACAGAUGUGAGGCAAAGAAGUGGUACGUGGUUGCUCAGGUGUUUCAGCAGUGCAGACCUGGAGAAAAUUUGAGACAAUUUUACAUGUUAUUUAAAAAUGAAAUAGCUGAACUCAAAGCUAUUCUGUAAGAAAAAGUGAAGGGAGCCCAGUGCUCUGAGGCUGUGAAAUCCAGGGUGCCCAGCAUAUGAAUUUCUGUGAAAAAAGCUAAGAUUUUCUAGUCACAUGGUUGCAAAAGUUAGGCGCCAUGCGCCACCAAGACUGCUAGAGCACAGCCUUGGAACUACCAUCAAAGGAAUAAUAUGUGCAGAAAGAAGAACUCUAAAAAAAUUCUGAGUUCUGCAUAGGAAUUGAACCCAUGACCUUCAUUCUGCCAAAACUCAGUCAAAUUCUAAGUUCUUGGUUUCUAGAAACUCUUUUAUGUGUAUAUCCCAAAACAACACUGAAUACCCUUCCUGUCUUAUAAUAACCUUGAGUUUUAAAACGUCAGAGAUUAUUUUAACGAAUUUCUUUUUCCCUAUGGGUUUUGAAAGGUUGGGAUUCUACAUUUCUGUGUCCUAAAACUGUGCCUUAAGUUUUAGACCUUGUAAUGACAUGGGAGCUUUGAAGUUGAUUAACCCUUGAAGUCUCAGUAGUGACCAACAUCAGUUUUCUCCUAACAAUAUCCCUACAAUCUCAAGAGAUUAGGUUAUGAGAAUUAACAAAAUGAUCACCUAAGAGACAAUGCUUUCAUCUUUUAUCAAUUUCUCUCAACCCAUCCAUGAAGGAAAUGUAUAGAGAUCAGUUUGGAGAAUUUGUAUGUGGAUAAAGGGCUAAGAACAUGUAUCAAUUUUUUUCUUUCCUUCUAACAGACAUUUGCAUUUGAUCACUGCUUUUGGUCAAUGGAUGAUUCUGAUGGCAAAUAUGCAAGUAAGACAAAGUUGAUAUUAGGCAUUAUGUUUAAGAUCUUAGAUCUUGCAUGUUACAAAGGCCCAGAACUCCCUGAUUUUCUCCUUUGUCCAGGUUUUGAACUUUCAGUCAAUACUUUGAACUUUAGAUCUGUACUCUGUACAAAUAUAUUUGUGGGUUGAAGAUUUUGUCUUCAGGUUGUUUUCUUAGACAAGAAAAUGGCUUCACUUUGUCUCUCUUCACCCAUGUGUAUAAUUGGGUUCUGGUGACAUACUGCAGGGGGUAACCCUGCAAUAAGUUGCCAUCCUCCUCGGGGGAGGAUGUGGUGUUUUAACAAAACUCCUUUGUGCAGAAACCAGAAACUGGGAUGUACUCUGGCUGUAUAAAUGCUGAUCAUUUCCUAUAUUUUUGUAACUGCCAUGUUUCAAUUAACAGUGAUACCAUAAAAUUCCGAAAAUAAGCCCUGGAGCGUAUAUUUUUCAAAGGCCCUUUUUGAGGGGCUUAUUUUUGGAGGGGCUUACAUUAUUUUGGAGUGGCUCAUCUAUGGGGGGAAAUUUGUGUUUCAAAAUCAAUUGGGCUAGCCUUAUAGUUGGAAGUAAAUUUACCAUUUUUGCUUUGGUUUACUUUGUAUUUGAGGGCAAUUUUCCAAGUACAAGCCCCCGGGGCGCUUAUAUUUGGAGGGGCGAUUAACGGAGGGUUUUUGCGUUACCAGUUUGGGGGGCUUAUACAUGGAGCGGCUUAUUUUUGGAAUUUUACGGUAUUUUAAGGAGAAACUUGAUGCUGAUGCAGGUGUGACUAAAGUAGUUAGGACAAGGGUUAGAGUUUGAGUGACCCAUUCCUUCCUUUGGGUAUUGAUAGGUGAACUUGUUUGCCACACAGUCAUAAAAAGGGCUGCCAUAAACUUCCAGAUGUGAUAGUGGCAUAACUGUUCUACCCGGUAGCUUGCAUUUCUCUUGGAUAAGAGGCAAUCUACCCAUUUUUGUGGCUUUGGGUAUGAGUAAUUUACAGGUGUACCUCUACUCGUGCAUGAAAACAGUGUAUCUUAGGUCUCUUUUAGUCACACCUGCAGACUUGUAUGCUGCAAAGUAAUCCCUUUGGCCAGAAUGUUUUUGAGGUUUUCAUUCUUUAUACUUAGGCCAGGAGAAAGUCUACAAGUUACUUGGUUCAGAUGUUUUGGAGAAUUCCCUUGAGGGGUAUAAUGCCUGUAUUUUUGCUUAUGGGCAAACAGGUAAAAUUACGUGUGUGUACAGUACAUAGUGAUAUGAUUUGUGAUGUAACAUGAUAGCGAGAUGCAAUUGAACAGGUGCCUGGAGCAAAGCAAGUGACUUCUGAUAAAAGACUAUUAUCUUGUAUAUAAAUGUACUUGCAAAUCCAAGUGAGAGAUGGAUUUGUGUGUUGUAUCUUUAAUGGACUCAUAAUAUGCAGCUAUGAUUUAUUGAUCACCCUGUCUGAUACAUUUUGAAUGUUUUAGUUGUGUUCUUAAACACAGUACAUAAUGACUGCUUAUUUUACAGUUGUCUGCGGUCAAUAAACUCUUAAGUUUAUGUUUUAGUUUGAAUAGCAUACAGGUGAGAAAUAAAUGGAAUCCUUAAGAAACUUUUCUGGUUAUAAUACUGUCGGAUUUUAAUUGAUGAUGAUUUUUUUGAGUCAAUCUGAUUAUUUCUGAUUAUCAGUUUUUAAAAAUCUCAACUGAUUCUGAACAGCUGUACAGUGUAUGGUUGAAUCUCAAAGGGGUUUGUGGUAACACUGUAAUAUCCUGUCAUUUACACUCAAAGUUAAGAAAAAUACUAGUCCACAGCUACACAUGUCCCUAAAUUUUUACAAUUAAAUUAACUCUGGGAGCUUAUGGUUUAAGAUCUAAAGGGCUAUGAUGCAAUAAAGUAGAACCUCAAUAACUCGAACUUGGAUAACUCGAAUUCCUCGCUAACUCGAACUAAAUUUCCCUUUCUCUUGACCACAGUUUCACUGAAAUUUACCCUGAUAACUCAAAUUCCCCUCUAACUCCUACUGUUUUUCGUUUCCUUUCAGAGUUUGAGUUACCAGGGUUCUACUGUAGUUUUAAGUGUAUGUAGUAGCUAAAUGUUGCUUUUCAUACUCCAUUCAAGGUUCUGGGAAGACUUUUACCAUGAUGGGAAGCCAUGAUCAGAACCAGACAGGCCUUAUACCACGGCUAUGUGAUGAGCUUUUUGAUAGAAUUUCAAAGGUUAAUAUGGAAAAAUUUAACCAUUUGUGGUAUUUCAUUACAUGUAUUUAUUUAGUACUUAUGCUGUGCUAUUUACAAUGUCGCUUUCCAGAAUGAUGAUGAGAACAUUACAUACAAAGUUGAAGUUUCAUACAUUGAGAUAUAUAAUGAAAAAGUGAGGGAUCUGCUUUGCCCAAGAGGGUACGUAACUAAAAUUUCUUUUCAGGUUUUUUUAAAUCCUAUGUGCAGCUACAUAAUUUUGCUUUCCACACUUUCCCCUUCAUCGCCUUGAGGAUUUGUGCAUGAAAUCCACCUCACUGAUCAAUCAUUUGCUCUACUUUAAUUUAGAAAUCAUGCUACCUUGAGAGUCCGUGAACACAAGAUUUUAGGACCUUAUGUUGAAGGGCUUACAAAACUUGUUGUCUCCUCUUUCAAGGUGAGUAAAACAUUGUGAUUUUAAGUUUUUCUUUUCACUUUGUUCAUUGAAAUGUUUUUUAUUUCCAUUUUUGCACACUACUGGUUUACUGGCACCUCUGUUGUUGAGAAAUUUCCCCCUAUGAGAAAAUUGAGCUAACUUUACACCAAGGUGGAAAUUUAUUCAUUUCCCAGGGAUGGAACAGUAUUCAGGGUCUUAAAAUAACUGAGAAUUGGAGGUACUUCUUUUGUCCUGCAAAUGGCUAGACCUUUGCGUGGUUCUAAUGACCUCGUAAAAUGGCGGUCCCAUCUCCACAAAGAGAUGGAAAAUUAGUGUCCUUAGUCAGUACUUUCGUGCUAAAUGUGCUCCAUCCAAUAAUUGUUUGUUUUCUGAUUUUAAAUUUGGGUAACUAAUCUCAUAUCCACUGUUUUUAGGAUAUUGAAACUCUUAUGAUUGAAGGCAAUAAAUCUAGAACUGUUGCUGCCACCAACAUGAACACUGAAAGCAGCAGAUCUCAUGCUGUUUUUAACAUUGUGUUGUCACGAUCAGAAUAUGACAAAGAAACAGAAGUAAGUUCAAUGGCUGAGCCAAAGAAAUUAUUUUUUGCUUAUAAAGCUUACUGUUUUCAAUUUUCUUGGUGUUCUCUUUGCCAUUGCUCUCUUGGUUUCUUUUAAAGCUCCUUAAUUAUCAGUAAACAAUCAGUUAUUAUUGUUUACUUUUGUCUAAGAUCUUCACUAGCAUAUCUCCUUUUUUCGUUUUAUAGUCAGUCGGUGAAAAAGUAAGCAAGCUAAGUCUUGUUGAUUUAGCUGGAAGUGAAAGAGCAAGCAAAAGUGGAGCAGAAGGAGUGCGUUUAAAGGAGGGCAGUAACAUCAACAGGUAAAAAAGCACAAUGUGUGAAUGGAAGAUGGGUGAAAGGCUGGGAUGUCUGGGGGCCUCAACUGUGACGAGCCGGCCCCUAGACAGAGGACCCCUCCCAUGGCUGGCAAUCUCUGCCACCCAGCCAUGAGCCCCCACACCACACCAAGUCGUCCAGGCAUCCAUCACACCGUGUUUACAAUGGAAAAUAAGAGAACGUGAAGGGAGAGGCAAAAAUGAAAACAAAGAAGGCACCCCAUUGAAAAAUGCCACCACCCUUCAGCAUGCUGAAAUAUGUUUUGAGGCUACUGUGGAAAGUGCUCAAAGUAUGUGCUGAACUCUGCUGCUGCUGACCACCAUGAGCAUGCAUACUUCCCACUCUCUUUUAAUGGACACUUCUGUGUAAGACAGACAUCUCUCUGAGAUGGACACCCUGCUGUUUUUCAGUCAUUUUACCGUAACUAUACUCUCUAUAAGACAGACCCCUCUCCAAGAUAGACAACGGACACUUGAGAAGUUCUUUAUCAGUGAAAAAUACCUCAAAAGGGAAAAGUUGGUGCUCUACAUGUCAGUAAUAUUUUGUAGUCUUACAUUUGUAUUCCAGUUCGCAGAGUGUAUACUGUUACAUUUUUAGAUGGCAUCCUAUUACUAUGUUACAGUGUUGGCCAUUUUGUACAAGUUUAACUGGUGUAUUUUAAUAUUUAUUGCAAAUGGGUUCAGCUUUCUUUUUACUGUUGUCAUGUUACCUCGACUCUCAAUAAGCUGGACACCUCUCUAAGACGAACAGUCAAGGCCGGUCCCAAUGGCAUCUGUCUUUGAGAGAGUUGACUGUUUCUGCUGCUCUGCUCUUAAUUCUGUUAAAUUGCACUUAACCACACUAAAAAUUACACUUGUUUUGCACUAUCAAGUUGUCUUGGGAUUUCAUCAUGCUUUAUAUUCCAUUCAAUAAGUUUUAUCAUUAUCUUUAAGAUCAUUGGUAACCCUGGGUCAAGUCAUUUCAAGUUUAGCUGAUCAGUCUGGAGGUAAAGGAAGGAAAGCAAUGCAUGUUCCUUACAGAGAUUCAGUGCUCACAUGGUUACUCAAGGUAAUUGCUAAUUGUUAAUCCCACUGUUUGUGUUUUGCAUUCUGACUGCAGUUGCUUCGCAGAGUUACUUUGUAGUCACUUUGGAUGUACACUAGUGUACACUGUUGAAGUCACUGUUAGUAACUGUGUGACGAGGCCAAAAAAUGUUCACGAUGUAUCUUUGUGUAGCCAUGAUUGGCAGCAGGAGUUAAAUAUUGAUCCUCACUGAUCCUUUAAGACAGAGCAGGAAUAACAUAGGAAACAUCGUCAUUCAUAUAUACAUGAAGGCAUCCAUUGUAAAGCACUAGUUUGAGAUAAAUUGUGAAGUGGCCGCUGAGCAUGAUUAAUAUUGGACUAUUGUGGUUGUAUUAUUAGGAUAACCUUGGUGGCAAUAGUAAAACUGUAAUGGUGGCAACAAUAAGUCCUGCUGCUGAUAACUAUGAAGAAACUCUGUCCACUCUGCGGUAUGCUGACAGAGCAAAGCGUAUAGUGAAUCAUGCUGUCGUCAAUGAAGAUCCGAAUGCUAAGGUAUUUAUUAUUGAAUGGGACUUGUAUUAUACAAUAUAUCAUUCUAUCUUAGUGUUAGAUGUAAAUAGCAUCUUGCAAUACUGUACAAUAUAGACAAUGUAGUUGUGGAGUCCCCUGGUUCCACAGGUAACCCUAUAUACAUUUAAUAUGGUACUAGUAAAAUAAGGUUAACUCUUGAGCUUAUAUGUAUGUGAACUUCAUUUUCUUUAAGGCUAGAAAAUAUUUUCUUUUGUUCAUUUAGAUCAUUCGUGAAUUACGUGAAGAAGUUGAUCGGUUAAAAAGAAUGCUAUCAGCCAAGAUCGCUGGGAAAUCGCAUAUUGUUGAGCCUGGAGAAACGACGAUUGAGAUUGAAGAAAUGUUGUCAGAAAGUGAAAAACUGAUGAGUGAAUGCACCAUGACCUGGGAACAGAAGGAAAAACAAACAGAGAAAAUCCAACAGGUAAUUUACAUUGAGAUUGUCUUAUAGGCUCUCAAUAGUAUAAAAAAAAUGAAUAUUAAGAGAAAAAUGAGCAAUGGCUGGCCCAGAAUCCCUUUUUUGUGCUUGAAAUUUCCUUGGCUCCAGCAUACUCUAACAACUAGCUAAAGUGGUUUGCUACUUUUUCUGAGUCCAAGCCUUGGCCAUUGUUUGUUGUUGCCCAUCUAGUUGGAUUUUUAACUUGGUGAUUUACAUGAUCUUUCUGAAUCGUUUAGAUGUGUUCUAGCAAUUAUGCCCAGUGGCUCCUGAAAUAAUUUUUUUUACUAUUGGGUGGUGACAGGAAAACUGACAAAUUCUUUAAGUAGUUGUUGCGUUGGAUUUUAUAAUUUAGGAACUUUUGGGUUUCUCGUGAUGUACGCUGUAUUCUUGUUGUGUGGUCUUGGAAACAUUUUUUGAAUUGUUUCUACCAUUGUGAUUCAUUAUCCCUGGUUGAAAAGCCAGUCAUGAGGUAAUUGAGCAUUUUUUACUUUAUUUGUUAGAUUUGUUGACUUCCUUUUUCUUGUGUGUGUUUUUGUAGGAGAGACACAAAGCAUUGGAAGAAAUGGGUAUCUCUGUACAGUCAUCUGGAAUUGCAGUGGAAAAGUCCAAAUUUUACCUUGUUAAUUUAAAUGCUGAUCCUUCAAUGAAUGAGCUGCUGGUGUACUAUUUAAAGGUAGUUUUCUCUUUACAUGUUCAUUGAAGUGCCACCUAAUUUAACAUUCCCAUACAAGCAUGAAUUUUUUCAGGCUUUCUUUUCGCAACUGCAACAGUUGCAUUUAUAACUUUGAUGAUCUUCUUUCAUAUAAUGAUUCAACACUUUCACUCCCAAAAGUGGCUUGAGUCAAAAGUCAGCAAAGGGUGUGUUUUUUGUUCAAAAUCUGCCAAACUGGUGCCAGUCUUAUUGUUUAUUGUUUAUUUCUGUUUGUAGGAACACACUGUUGUUGGAAGACCAGAUGGAGUUCAUAAUCCAGUAAGCUGAAAAAUUUGGUUCCACUGUAUGGCUGUUUCGUACUAAAUGUGUUUUUAUUGAAUCUUCAGCAUAUUUUUGGCUCACUCAGUGAUUUUGUUUCAAAAGGUUUGGUGAGACUGCUAAUUGUUCAUGUCUGUGGUGUACCUCAGUAAGGUUUUGGCCAGCAGUCCAACAGUUAGAAAUCAUGUUACAUUUUAAUUGAUUACAGGAUAUUCAAUUGAGUGGACUUGGAAUUUUACAUGAACACUGUCAACUUGAUAUUGAAGACAAUGAAGUGUAUGUUACCCCACUUGCAAAAACAGGGUAUGUAUACAAACAGGAAAAAAAUGUAGCUGGUGAGUUAAUUAUUUUGGUCUGGAUUGAAGCUCACCUCUUCAUUUAGAUUUAUAUGCCUGCAGUUCACAUCAUCUUCAUAAUCUAUGUUUUACUCCUUUCACCAACAUUGUAUGCAGGGUCCUCAUAACUCAGUUGGUAGAGCACUGCAGCACCAACACAGAGGCCAUGGCUUCAAAUGCUGUUCAAGGCCUUUUUUUUUUGUUGGGGGGGGGGGGGGAGGGGCUAAUUUAGAGUUGCCGAUAAUAAAUUGUGAAUACCACAGCGAUGAUCUAAUUAUUCUUACGUUAUUUGCAUUAUGACAAUAGAACUUGUGUAAAUGGUAAACUUGUGGAAGAGAAGACUCUUCUAAAGCAUGGUGAUCGCAUCCUCUGGGGAAACAAUCAUUACUUCAGAAUAAACUGCCCUCGUCCUCCAGGUUUGUUGCUUUUAAGUUUAAUUUUUUAAUGUAGUGUAACUCAUCUGCUACAUUGUAAAGAUAUACUAAACUAACUGCGUGGUUCAGAGUGGAUCAUGCUGCUUAUAUGUCGAAAGUUUUGCAUGAAAAUGAUAGUCCUGACAUUUUAUUAAUUUACCAUAUAUAUAUUCGUUUUCUGCAGGAAGUGAGCAACAGGUGGAGCAAACAGUUGAUUUCCAGUUUGCCCAAACAGAGCUGAUGAUGAAUGAGAUUAGUUCAGGUAAAGAAUGUUUAGCGUGUGUUGUUGUUUCAGACUUAACUUAGGGUACUUUCCAAAAGUCAGAAUUGGCUGGCCAUUCAUUUUGACAAUGAAAUAGGCUUUUCCAAGAGCUUUUGCUGAAAAACCAUCUCUUUCCUGCAUACAAUUUAGGAUUUGACUGAUCUAGCAGAAUAGUUUUGACAGAGUGGUCUGGCCGGUUAGUUCUGACAAAUGGAAAGCACCCUGAGAUCUCUUGUCUUUGGACAGUUAUUGCUAUCCCAGGGCUCGAAAAAAAUUUGAAUUCCAGCUUGCCCUUUGGGUAAUCAGCUCUCACAUUUUGCUUGCAGGGGCCACUUCCUGUUUGCCUUAGUUAAAGAUUUUGUUAGAGAAUUAUUUUCCUGGACCCUUGCCCACCUACCCCUCCCCUAGGCCAGCAUUUUGCCCUAAAUAAGAAGUAAGUGUUAAUGUUGGCUUGGGGCGGGGCAGAGGGGGGAGGGUGGUCAGUUUUCCAUAAACUUAUAAUUAUCUCGACCUUUUUCGAGCCCUGUAUGCCCUUUAAGAAUCCAGCUUCCCUUACUUGAGAGCAUCAUUAAGUGGCAGUAAUUCUGACAGUGUUGAUUUUUCAAUUUUUACAGGACCCCUUAAAGAUUCGGUCAAAGCUUUAGAGGAACAGUACAAAGCCGAAAAACAAGGUACGUUGUAGCUUGAGCUCCUUUUAAUUACAGUCAAACCACUGUUAAACAGACAUCGAGGGACCAUAGAAAGGGUCCUUAGUAAUGGGGUGUCCGUAUUAAGCGGGUUGAAUUUAUAACCGCUGCCUGGUUAGCUCAGUUGGGAGAGUGCUGGUCUGCCGAGCAGGAGGUCGCAUGUUCAAACCCCGGCUCGGACCAACACUCAGGGUCUUUAAAUAACCAAGAAGAAAGUGCUGCCUUUGUAUUGACGUCUGCAAAUCGUUAAACUUUCUCUCUCGGAUAAGGACGAAAAACCAUAGGGGUCCCGUCUCACAGCACUUUCACUGAUUUGUUCCUGUGGGACAUAAAAGAACCCACAUCACUAUUUGAAAAGAGUAGGGGUCCUAGACCCCGGUGGUGUGGCCAACCUUUACAGAUUGUGGGAUUGAAUAGGGAUGGCACCUCGCAUAAGACCUGAGUUCCGUUCCUGCCCAUUCCCUCUGGGAAGACCUGUGUUCAGAAAAGCUGGCAAAUAAAUUAAUGAAUAAAUAAAUAAAUUUAAAUAAAUAGAAAAUGUAAGGGUUUUGUUUCACCAGGGACAAAGCAAUGAUGUGAUAAUGAGGUAUCUCGUAUAACGGGGUUUGACUGUGUGUCAUUUUCCAUUGUCCUUCAGUUCCUCAGAACCACGCAUAGUAGCCUGCAUUGCAGGCGCUUGGAAGUAGUGGGCACAAGAAAAACCGGGCGCGCGAGAAGGAGACACGCGUGUCUCCCUCGCGCGCGCCCGUUCUCUCUUUCGCCCACCACUUCCGAGCGCCUGCUACGCAGGCUAUACGCAUAGUGAGGGACACCCUUGUUACCCUAACCCUGGACAACAGUAUAGGACUUUUAUCGAGCACUUCAAAAUGUCUCUGGCCAGUUGGCACUCUCUGUCCAUGAUUAAGCAAAGAAUACGGUUAAUAGUAAUAGUAAAAGUAAGGAACCUUAGAAAGCGUUCAAUAUCAAUAGAUUAAAGUGCUUUUCCAUUCUAGGAUGUUAGUUAUAGGUAAAUAAACAAGCGCUCAAGUCAUAAAGUGAAGUACAUGUACUACUUACAACCUAACAAAAACCGAAAAGACUGUUCUCUUUAAAAUUAUUGUUAAAAGACCAAGUGGAAGAGUUGUUUAACUAAAAAAUAGACGUAAAACAAAGCAAAUAUGUUUUACUGCAUCAACACAAAAACUUAACAGCAGAUUUAAUUAUUUUCAGGGGCGUUAGAUAAACAGCGUCAAAUGUAUGAAGAACAGAUACAAGAACUCAGAAACCAAAUGGGUCCACGGCAGAUCAUGGAACGGGCGUCAAGCAUUGGUUCUUUCAGUUCAGGAUAUGGUUCAUCACGAGUGUCUUGGAUUGAAGACAGGUAAGGACAACCAAAGUUAAAACUGGACUUUUUUAACGAUAAAAACCUGACAUGGCGUGAAGUGUUGGUGUUAGUGUUUAAAUGGUCCAAAAAUCACGGUACAAGGCAUUAUUUUGUGACCAAACAUUUGCGUAUUCUUAAUAUCAAUCAAACGUCCAAGGGAAACAUUAAUUCCGUUGAAACUGCACUUGCCACAGAAAAGACUGCAACAAAAUUUAGUGUUUGUAAGAGGCAUGUUGUUAAAGCCUGUCUUGACGGUAACCUUUUUUUCCACUUUUGGAAUUACAACGUUUAUGGUAAGUUGAAAAUCUAAAAUUAUAUUCCUUUUCUUUUUUUACUAGUAGGGAAAACUUGGUCCAGUUUGAAAGAAAACCCUUAGUUUUAAGGGAAGAGGUUAUCAAGGCUAAUGCUCUCGUCAGGUGAUUAUGAACUCAUCUUAUUCUUGUACACUUGAAAAUUAACUGCCCAGGUACAUACAAAUUGAAUUUGCAUUAGAGUUGACCAAAGUUCUUAUGUCUUCAGUGUUAAAUUUAUUGCUUCUUGAUUUUUUCCACGCUUUUUUGCAUUUAGGGAGGCAAACCAGUUAAGCGAAGAGAUGAGCAAAGAAACUGAAUUUGCUGUUACACUACAGGUACAAUUCCGAAACGUUUUUAUGCGCAAGCUAAUGUAAGCCGUUUCCUCUAGCAUCGGCAUAUCCAUCCUCGGAGACCCAGUGGCAGAUAAAGGGGGCGAGGGAAAAAAUAUAUAUGGAACGAAGAAAAGUAAAGUCUUCGUGCCACAUUUUUCCGCCCGUUUAGACUUUCCCUCGUCCCCACUAUCUGCCCCUGGGUCUCCGAGGAUGCGGGAUAUCGUUUAUAAGCGGGAUUUUAUGGCAACUUAAGUUUAUUUGUAAGAGCCUGAGCAUCUGAUAGUAGCUUGGGAAAGUUCAAACACACGCGCCCGCGAUUUUUCAAACCGUUUUCAUUGGGGAUUCAUCCAUAGCGCAGUGGUUUCAAAACUCGUACUAAGAUGUUUCGUUGUCAUCGUCGACGCCAUUGUGGGUUGAUCCAUUUCGCGUUGGUUCUCUCCGUUUUGAUGCGGUUUCAACAGUCCACCGUAAAACGUUCCUCAAAAAGAACAAUUCCAAAUUCCAAUUCGACCAGGAAUCAGGUAUGCGCAUGAACCACUAAACACCCGCGCCCGCGAUAUUUUCUGUCACCGUUUUCAUUGUGAUGUGUUUUCGACCAUCCACGCGAAGACGAUAUGUAUGCGUUUUAGUUUUGACCCACUUUCAAGAGCGUUUUCUAUUCGAUGCGUUUAGAUGAAAACGCUCAGCGUAUUAGUGUGAACGGAAGGCCUAACCGCAUCGAAAUGUGUCAGUGCGUUUUGUAAUGAAAACGCGUUAGUGUGAACGGGGCCUCGGAAGCCUUGAAUUCAAUUGCCUGCUUUCUAUUUUUGCCAGAUUCCCACAUCAAGCUUAAGCUUUGGUCGAAGCAGAUCAGGAUUUAGCAGUGAAGUCGCCAUUGUAGUCAAGCACAAAUCUAAAGGAACCCAAAGUGAGUGGACGUGAUCCCUGUAAGCCACUAAGCUCAUCUAUGUAGUGUUCCUUAACCUUUAUUUUCACCUAACCUCUUUGUGUCAUGUGGCGUAAAUGGCCUCAAUGCUCUUCCCGCAAUUGGCUUUGUUAGUCGUUGUCAUGUUUAUGUCACUCCCUUUCUCUCUGUCAUCCUUCCCCUGGUUGUCUUUUUCUGCUCCGUAGUUCUCACAUUCUUGUGCCAUAUUCCAACGUAAUCUUUUGGGGUCAUAAGUGAUUUGAUCGGCAGGCACAGCUGUAGACUGCGAGUAGUCCCCAUUUUUCCUAAGGAAUAGUGGAGCGAACGAGCGAAACGCGAGCGCGCGUAAAAAUCACCCCACGCGAGAAAGGCGAGUUCCUGAGGAAAAAUGGGGACUACUAACUCAUAGUCUAGCACAGCUGUUCGGGUCACUGAGACACGCAAACCUCACCAUCGAAAGAAGGUGCCACCUAAAAGUGGAAAAGGUCUACUAUUUCUUGCUAUUAAUUUCCUUCGCAAACUCUUUUUUUUUCAGUUUGGUCGCUGGAGAAACUUAACAACAAGAUUUACGACAUGAGAGACUUGUACAACCAAUGUGUGGAAGAUGGCAUUCCCUUCUCUGAAACGGUAUGUUUAGACUUAAAUGUCUUAUUCACUGGGUGGGUUUUAAAAUAGAAGUGGCAUUAUAUGGUGUGAGUCAUCGAGCUAGAAACCUAGAAACAAGUAAAUGCGACCGAUUUCUCUGAUAAUGGUAAAUUCUUUCUUAAACUUUGUCUUAUAUCAAGGAGGGAGGGGGUGGGGAGUUGGGGUUUGUUGGCAGGGGGAGGAUGGUCGGAAACUGUGUGGCUUUAGUUAUUCAUUGAUGGACCACUGCAAGCUGUACUUUUGGCGUGUGGAAUGUGAGCUGUAAAUUAGACCUGGUAAGCAUCAGUUGUAAAUCCAACAUUUUAUAACACUUAGUGGUUUGAUAUUCCAUAUUAGUUGCCCUACGAGUAAAAAGUUGGGCACGUACAUGUGGUUCAAUUUUAUUCUUGGUUUAAGUUUUGCCUCCCUUUGUUUUUUCAUACCAGAAUGCUAUUAAACCAUAACAUAUAUUUCAAACACAACUGAACUGAAUAAACUUUGUGAUUGUUCCGUAGGAUGAAAAUCUGGAUUUGUUCUUUGAGGUCGAGUGCCACACGCUUAUAGGGGUAGCCAAUCUCUUCCUUGAAUGUCUGUUACAUGACGUGAGUCAUGAGUACGCUGCACCAAUCAUCAGUCAACAGGGCGAGGUAAGAAUGAAUGGAAUUAUCUUAUUUUCAACCAACAAUAACAGAGACUGCUUCAAAUAUAUAGGCAACGUUUUUCUUCCUCUGAAAUGUUGGCUCACUUUUAAGUGACAAUGAAAUCCCUUUUUUGCAGGUUUGUGGUCGCUUGAAGGUGGAAGUGUCCAGAUUAUCGGGUAACUUCACAUGUCUUUGUAAUACAUUGAAUUCGAGAUACGAGAUAUUGAAAUGCCCUUGUUGCAGAACAUUCUUACUGGUCCAUCCCAUCAUAGCCUGAGAGCAAACUCUCUGUAAGGCGAAUAUCGUGAAAAGCAAACGCGAGCAGCACGUGGAAGAAGAGUGAGGGGCGGGGGCGUUCUCUCACGGAUAGUUUUGCUCGCCACUCGAAAUGGAGAGCUUGCACACAGGCCGUCCCGGGUUUGACUCCCUAGGAUACUGUUGAAAUUGUAAUUUCAGAAAAUAUUCAUAUCCCCACAGGAGAACACUUUUGUCUCAGACCCCCCUCCUCCCGGGAAAUUCCAUUCCAUAGGGUGUGGGUCAUAGCCUUUCCAACCCGCACGCCCACCUCCCUCGAAUUUUCGUGAUUUUCCCUAUUUUUAUUCAAAAAUUGCAGAGAAUGAAGUGUCAUUUUUUAGCCCCAUGCCUUCUCUUGUUUUUAAUGGUGAUUGAAAAGCACGAAAUUCCUCCAGCAGUCUUCUAUGCUUUGUGUUAACAGAGAAAGCCAUGAGGAAAUUGUCGAAGCAGUCCAGAGAUGACGAAGAGACGGGGGAAUCCAGCGCAGACGAGGACGAUUUGUUAGUCAUAAAUGACGAAGAUGACGACGAUGAUGAACUCGUGCGAGGGUCUCCUAUGCACGUCGAAGUGAAAGUGGUAGAAGCUUACGAUCUUCCACCGGCGCUGUGCAAUUAUGUGUUUUGUCAGUACAAGUUCUGGAAUGAUGAUAACACUAUUGUUGUACCGCCCAUCAAUGCUAGUAUCUCAAACCCUGGACCCAAAACCAACACCAUGAUAUUUGAACACAAGCAGGUAGGAUUGAAUAUGGCGCGCUUUUAAACUCUAUUUUUUGGUUCUUUUUAAAAAAAGUUGCUGGAACAGUAAGUGAAAGAGAUGCCGUUUACACGUAUUUGCAUUAUGUUUGGAUUACAUCAUGUGUUUGUUUCCGCAAACCGAAAAAGUGGUCAAAAAUCUGUAAUUAGUGGCGUUGGCUCUUGGCGUUGUCUUAUGCGUAGACCAAGUUUAACUACAUAUCAUAAUCUCAAUAGCGAGCCUAAGCAACGAGGGCGCUAAUGUCCCGGCGGUCAUGAAUGACAAACAGAAUUUUGGUGUUAACACAACUGAGUCUGAACGCAUUUUUUGAUAGUAUGACUUUAUCGAGGCAGAGGGCUGAACCAGAUAAUAUAUCAGCUUGUGGCUGUUAUUUCUGACGUUCAGAACGUCAAUGGUCUCGCUGCUUGACUUCGCUGAUUAUAAACAAAGUUAAUACACUGGCCAAUCACGAUUGACAAUCUUCCAACCAAUCUGAACAGAAAGCAUACGUGUGUAACCAACGCCAAACGCCGGAAAUAUGUGCGACCAGUUCACAAUUGCUUCCGGUUUACUUCCGAUUGGUCAAGAGACUGGUACGAGAUUUCUUAGCCAGUCAUGUGACAUAACAUACUGGUUUAGAACCAAAGAAUUGGCAGAUAUUACUUUUCACUAAUUAUGUGAAAAUUGCUUUAUGUAUGUUAUUUUAGCAAUUCGAUAUGGAAGUCACAGAAGAGUUUGUGGAGUACGCAUCUGAGGGAUCGCUAGCUAUUGAAGUAUGGGGAAACAGGAUGAAAGGGUUUGACUCACAGAAGAAUAUGAUGGUCAACUGGAAUGUGGAACCACAACAAAAGGGACUUCAUGACAGGUAUCAAAACAGGGGCAUGCGCAUUGGGGUUUUUGGGUUUGUGUUUAGUGUGAAAGGUUUCAACCUGGGAGUCAUUUCAAGUAGGUGGAGCGUGAUCGUCCGGCUGAGCGUAGUCCGGAGUAGGAAUUUUUUUGGGGAGAGUGACUGACGUUUCGACAACCUGUACGGUAGUCAUGUUCAGAGUGAGUCAAAGUUAGUUGUAUCACGUCAGUUGAUGGUAUCAAACUCUGGUUAUUGACCUGUUAGGUCAGUUAGGUCGCGAUGUUAGUCCUCAACUUUGCGCUUUUUCGAUCUGAGCGUCCUUAUGUGUUUUAAUUUUUUUGUUUGUGAAUGUUCAGUUGUUGGUUCUCGUAAAAAGAAUUUUUUUUCGAGCAUCCAUAUUUGCAACUGUUUCCUGUUCUGCUUUGUCUGUACGGCGAAACAUUAACAAGUUAAAGCCAAACUAUCUGUUAAUUCCAAAAUCUAACUCAACGAUUAUCAAGUCCAAGUUUCACAGUCAAACCCUACGAUUCUGCAGUCCUCCAAAAUGUCGACGUAAAUCUGUGACGCAAAUUGUCUUUCACACAGACGCUCCCAAAAAUACUUUUAAAGCGUGGGUGAAAUAUGUGAAUUUGCCUUUUUGAUCACUAAGGUUUGCGCCUCUCCCCCUUCCUCUUUGUUAUCGACAACUUUUGAAUAACUGUGGGUGAUCCCUGGCGUGUGAGAGACGGCUGUAGCUAUCAGGAGGCAGCGUGGCCGAGUGGUUAGAGCGCUGGUCUUGCAAUUCGGAGGCCCCCGUGUUCAAGUCCCGCCCUGACCGCUAGCUGGAUUUGUUCACGGUAGUCCCGAGUUCAAAUCCUCCACCAUGCUUGUGAAUAGCCAGCUGGUUUGCUCCCGGCCAGUUGGGAUUCUUAACCCAGUUAUGUUUCAUUAGGCUGAUUUAGCAACAGAACGGGAACGUCAGUUGGCGACGGGAAAGCGCGCGGAAAGGACCAUACGCGACUUCCGGUGCCCAAUUUGCCGCUCUGUCAUUGGUCGAGCCAGUUUCUUGAUUUGCGCGCGCCGUCGUUAGCUGGCGUUCCUAUUCUGUUGCUAAAUCAGCCUAUUAUAUUUGAAUUAUUUGUUCAGUCACUUGCUCGGCCCCACUAGCAUUAGUGCUAUAAAUACUGCCGAGGGUAAAUAAGGAAUUAUUUAUUUAUUUGUUUGUUUAUAUAAACCAUAACUUGAGAGGUUCUUCAUUUCAGGUGGGGUGAACUGCUAAGAAAAAUACAUCUAUGGGUGGAAAUACUUGAGAUCAAUGACCAAGGAGUGUAUGCACCAGUCGAAUUACAUCUUCAAAAGGACAAUCAAACAGGGGGCAUUUUUCAACUACGGCAGGGUCACUCUCGGCGAAUCAAGGUGCAAGUUCAGCCAGUGCCAAGGGCGGGGUCACUUCCGGUCGUAUGUAAUAUGAUCUCCGCUGUGUACAUUGGCAGUGUUUGUUUGAGGACCAAGAAUCAACAGCCCUUGGAUAGCUAUCAAGAAAAGGACCUCUCAAUGUAAGUAUGCGGAUAUUUAGUUAUUUAUCUCUAAAUAUCGCUCUUCUUCCUUGUUUUAGUUUUCUCGCAUUUUCAUGUAACAUAUCAAGCAUUAUACACUGUGUUUAAUCACAACAUCAAACAAGGGGAGAAAGUUGAAAAUACGAUGCGCAGUGUAGUAUUUUUGACGAAUUGCCAGGAAAUCAAAUACUUUGUCGAAUGUUUAAUAUUACCUUUCAAAUGAAACGAUUUUAGAAAGAGAGAUGAAGAAUGCCAUGAUGAGGAGUUUUUCCAACUGAUUUCCAAACGCUCAUGAAACAUUAAUUUCCUUCGUAUGUUCUUUACGAAUUAUUAAUGAUGUUGAGAACCACUCGAGAACGAGCAAACAACUGCUCGUUUUGGCUUUGCAGUUUCAAAGUCCUCUUAGCUGUUUCUGUAAAGGGGAAUAUGAGUCGCCGAAGUACCAACCCUAGAUGUGAAUUGCAUGUUGUGGAACAACUCCGUUAUUCACCACGCUCUGAACAUCAAGUUGAGAACACGGGGAAAAACUAUGCCCGGCGUAAUCGCAAGACUAAAUUCCAGUCAGUUGAAGACCGCUGUGUGUUAAUUGGUUGCUGUUUUGUUUUCUUAUAGUCUGCGAGAGAAGUGGUCGACUUCACUAAUGAAAAGGCGUGAGUACUUGGAUGAACAGAUUCACUCACUAAUAGACAAACCAGGUUAGUGUUGCAUAUCCAGUCUCAGUGAAUAAACUGAGGCAAACAACGUGCCUACCCACGGGUUUUUAUUUAUAGUUAACCGACAAAGACUUGAGUAUUAAAUACGCACGAGGGAAGACUAGGCUACGCAAAAUUAAGACCCCCAUAAUGGAGUACAUUGGUCUGCCAGCUGCGCGAUAAAUUGGCUUAUUAAAUAGUUUUAAAUCUUUUUGUAUUUAUCUGAAAUGACUAUCCCCCUUCACCCAGAA